AUGAUGAACGGUAGCGACAUCAAGAAACAAGCGAUUAACCAAGCCAAGAAAGUUGCGAAUGCGGCCACAAACACUGCCAAUGUCAGCAAUGGGCAGAAGAAGAGGAGAAAGGGUGAAAAUUUAAAACCAAUAAUCACAACAGAUGGACCGGUUGCAGUGGAGGCGCCACAUAACACACCAGGUACUCACACAGCUGGCUCUCUUCGCAGCAUGAUGAAUUCUCCUCUUUCACACCAAAAGGCAGCGUCGUAUGGCACCCACAUCAGUCGAUCGCCUUCAUCGUCGAGCUCCGGAGAUGAGACCGCUGGAGCCACCGCUGACGAAGAAGAUUCGGAAGAUUACUGCAAGGGUGGUUAUCAUCCUGUUUCUGUUGGCGAAACCUACAAUAAUGGCAAAUACGUCGUCGUUCGAAAACUUGGGUGGGGUCACUUUUCAACGGUUUGGCUGUCUCGGGAUACAGCUACAGGCAAGCAUGUCGCUCUGAAAGUUGUACGAUCUGCAGCACACUAUACGGAGACUGCAAUAGACGAGAUCAAGCUGCUCAAUCAAAUAGUACAAGCCAAUCCCAAUCAUCCCGGUCGAAAACACGUCGUGAGCUUAUUAGAUUCUUUCGAGCAUAAAGGCCCUAACGGUGUUCACGUCUGCAUGGUUUUCGAAGUGCUGGGCGAGAAUUUGCUGGGUCUUAUCAAACGAUGGAACCACCGUGGUAUACCGAUGCCUCUUGUCAAGCAGAUUACCAAACAAGUCCUGCUUGGUUUGGACUAUUUGCACCGAGAUUGCGGCAUUAUCCACACAGAUCUGAAGCCCGAGAACGUGCUGAUAGAGAUCGGUGAUGUGGAACAAACAGUCAAAACAUUCGUUAAGGAAGAGAAGAAGGAUGGAAAAGAGGACAAUCGAAACGGCCGAAGAAGAAGGAGAACGCUGAUUACCGGAAGCCAACCACUUCCUAGUCCUCUGAAUGCAAGUUUCAGCAAUCUAGACAAGCUUAGUGGCAUGCAUUCACAUAGCAGCCUGAAUCAGAUGAUCAAUGAGCAUUCAGGUUCUAAAAGCGCUGGUGGCCUUUCGAUGAAGGACCUUCUGGGAAUCAAGGAUGCCAGUGAGAAAGCUGAAGAGGAGAGGCAGAAACGAGAGAAAACGACUGAUCCCCUGGAAAAGGACCUCGCAGGCGUAUCCCUUGAGAAUAAAUCCUCGCAAGACUCGAAAAGCAGUGACGACCUGGCAGAGGAGAUUAUCUCGGUUAAGAUCGCUGAUCUCGGAAAUGCCUGUUGGGUCGGCCACCAUUUUACGAACGAUAUCCAGACGAGGCAGUACCGCUCACCAGAAGUCAUUCUUGGUGCCAAAUGGGGUGCAAGCACCGAUGUGUGGAGUAUGGCAGCUAUGGUCUUCGAGCUUAUAACCGGUGACUACCUCUUUGACCCACAAUCCGGUACGAAGUAUGGCAAAGAUGACGACCACAUCGCCCAAAUUAUCGAAUUGCUUGGCCAAUUUCCCAAAUCUCUCUGCCUUUCUGGUAAAUGGUCGCAAGAAAUCUUCAAUCGCAAGGGUGAGCUUCGGAAUAUUCAUCGACUCCGGCAUUGGGCGCUACCCGACGUAUUGAAAGAAAAGUAUCAUUUCAGCGUGGAGGAAGCGAACAAAAUCGCAAGAUUUCUGACACCAAUGUUGGAGCUUCUACCUGAGCAGCGGGCGAACGCGGGCGGCAUGAGCAAUCAAGAAUUUCUGGAGGGAACCAUUGGGAUGGAAAACGUGAAACUGGAUAUUCCGGUAGGGAGUAAAGGCGAAGGUAUUGAAGGUUGGGCGUUUGAGGUUAAGAAACGGUAG